GGUCUCUCUCGAGAUCCGAGGGAACGUACCCCAAAUGGCCAUUGCAUUUAAUUUACUGAGGUCGGUGCUGUUGCCCAUCCUCAACAACAUUGUCACCGAGCCCGAUGCACCUGUCCAAGUGACCGUAAACGGUCUCCCUGUUUGGAUUCCAUCGUAAUUUGUGUUCGUGAUCUGCACAGCCGUUGCGGGCUUAAACAAGAGGAAGAAAUACAAGAGCGCGACAUUGAAACAUAGCAUCUCGAGACAACGAAAACCAUUGAACUAUGCAGAUUCAUGUCUCAAGCCCAAAAAUACGGAAACAUAAUUUACUGCGGGAAGAGCAGUUUAAGGGGAAGCGUAUCUCUUAUGUGCAAGGGAUACCCCUCGUUGUGUUGACAAAUGGAUCGCGCGAUCUAUCGAUUCUAAGACAUCCCGGUCAGGAGCUGAGGCUAUCUCCACACCACCGGUGAAAAUGGGGCCCCCGAAUCCGGGAAUGAGCCGAUAUGUCUCAGCCGCAGCGAGCCACUUUUCCCUCAUCCGGCAAUCACGUGCGGAAACUCCCAGCAAAUGUAACCCUAUGCUGGCUUAUCCCGGAGAUGUCGUUGGCUGGUUAGCGAACCAGCGUCUCGGGGACCGCAACUGCAGAUUGAUCCCCGAGAGACCCCCUUGCCAGCUGAAAUGCUUCUCCCCACUUGACCUUUUGUCUGAGAUUGCCGUGAUCUCACACGUGGAGCUCGACCCCAAGUUGGAGAAAGGGCGGCGCCACUUCCUUCCACUUUCCCAGACUAAAGCAAAAAGACUGCGUUGGCGGCCGUUACACAAAGCUAGUUGUGGGUUGAUUGUGCACUGUGGCUGGGAAAGCUCGGCGCUGGCCCCUGUUGCACCCAAGAACGGAAAACGCAUUGAAAAAGUAAAAUCGCCCCUAUCAAGUCGAUCGGGCAAGGAGGAAGCGGAUCCAUGCUCAAAAUGAUAUUUCGAAGAUCUUAAAAUGCGAAGCGGCCAAUAGAAGUGCAGGCACCGUUCGGGUCCAGACCUCGCAACACUUCAAUCUCAACAUCACG